CCUUCACUUCAGCGAUCCCAACUCUCUCUUUUGCAUUCUUGCUUCGAUCGUCAUCACAGCGGUCCGCCACAGCUCGGUAUCUAAGCCUCUUGUCGAAAAGCCUCGACAACGUGGCAUUAUACCACGAGCUGUUUCUUGUCUUUGCAAGACACGAUUCUCGGCGACUUUGCGCGACGGCAUUGACUCACGAAACUGUUUUACGCGGCUCCCUCCAACCACCACUUCGAUCUCUCUUUCUCUCCACUGUCUUUCUGUCCCCCGUCCUCUCGGUCGUCGGACAACUCUCGAGGCCUGUUUCCGUUCUUAGUACAAGCCGCGAUGGACGUCGUUCUGGAGGUGGUCGAUACCUUCGUCGGCGACAGGCUCUAUGCCGCUCUCCUGCCCGCUCAUGCUGCGCCAUACGAAUUCACCCACCAGGCCGCCAAUGCCACGGCGCAACCACUCUCGACAUGGCAGUACAAGCCCUCAACACACGCGCUAUACCUCGAGCCCUCCGAGGCGGCGUACAUGAGCGCCUGGCCUAGAGAUAACAUAUUUCGCCAGUCUAUGUCCCUCUUUCUCAUUACUUGGAUAUUUGGAGUCCUCAACUACUUCGUUUUCGCGACCCUCUCGUACAUCUUCAUCUUUGACAAAAAGACCUUCAACCACCCCAAGUUCCUCAAUAACCAGAUCCGCCUCGAGAUGAAGCAGGCCAACAAGGCCAUGCCCGUUAUGGCCGUCUGCACCGCCCUCACCUUUGUCGCCGAGGUACGCGGCUUCUCCAGGCUCUACGACGCCUCCGAGGAUGGUCCAGGGCGCUGGUACGACUGGGCACAGUUCCCGCUCUUCAUUCUCUUCACCGACCUGUGCAUCUACUGGGUUCACCGCUGGCUGCACCUCCCCCUCGUCUACAAGCACCUCCACAAACCGCACCACAAGUGGAUCAUGCCCUCGCCAUAUGCCAGCCACGCCUUCCACCCUCUGGACGGCUUCGCCCAAUCCGUCCCCUACCACGUCUAUCCCAUGUUGUUCCCCUUGAACAAACUGGCCUACGUGGCCCUGUUUGUCUUCAUCAACUUCUGGACCAUCCUCAUCCACGAUGGCGAGUACAUCACCGACAACCCCAUCAUCAACGGCUCCGCGUGCCAUACCGCCCACCACCUGUACUUCAAUUACAACUACGGUCAGUUCACGACGCUCUGGGACCGUCUCGGGGGCAGCUACAGAGAGCCCGACCUCGCCUGGUUCAACAAAAGGACCAAGAUGUCUCAGGAGACGUGGGAGUCCAAUAUGAAGGAGAUGGAGGACAUCCAGAAGAAAGUCGAGGGCAACGACGACCGCCAGUACGUCACCGCCGAAACGAAGAAAAGGAACUGAGCGCGGCGACGGUUGCCAGCGACCUGGUACGGACUUUUUGUGACAAUACCUGCAUCUUGUCACGCCUUUUGAUUGUAACAUAGAUGUAUAUAUAAACCGGUACAUGGCGACGCCGAGCGAAUAGGAGGUCGGUCGUCGAUGGCGAACUGACUGAGAAUGGAUGAUCUGGCGCAUCCUCUCCGCAGCGAAGGAGACUAGAAUGUAAUGUCUAGUAACGUAGCCAGUCUUCCAUGGGUUGUUUUGGUACAGAUUGAAACGAAGUGCGAGACGGGACGAGGUACCUGUUAGAGUAGCGCUCCGAGUUGGUGCUAGGCGAACCACAACAAACUAGAAACCCAGUGACGCUGCCCUUGUCAGACGCUCUACCGAAGACAGGCGGGCCAGGAUGAGAAGUAAAUCGACUUUACUAUUGAAAUCUUGAAUCACACGCGCUCUACGUGGACGAACUACGCCGCAAAAACGGCACCAUUGGUGAUGUGGAGCAUCCUGCUCCAUCUCUCCACCUCCAGAUUCACACAAGCAGACCCUUACACAUAAGAAAGCAACGCUUUAACGCCCGGUUUCUCCCAGGAACCCGCAGGAUAUCAGCAAUAAUGACAAAAUAAGGAAAGUAGUCGGUGUCGGUAUUGACAUGUCGGAGUUCGGUCGCUGUAGCCCGGUGUGGUGCAGCCACCGAGGGAUAGAGUAUGGUAGUAUAGUUUGGCGUCGUUUUUCUCAGCCAGGGGGAGGCAGAUCUAUCAUCCCCCAGGUCCUUUCCUGACCCUUGCCCUAAACGUCAAGAUGGGUGCAUCGAGGCAGCUGAUACGUGCGGCGCGCGAUGCGUUCCUUCCGACCCAUCCGGGCGGUCCCCUUCGCAACGGCUCUCCCAGCCUU